UGUAUGUUGACGUGUGGCUGAGAGCUGCAGCCUCAUUAGCCUGCUAGCUCAUACUUAGUGCUAGUGGUUAACGAAAACAGAGAAAGCUCAUUUUUUGCAGACACACAAAGUUUUAAGAAUGGCGGCAGACUGGGAAGAGAUUCGUCGGCUUGCUGCUGACUUCCAGAGAGCACAGUUUGUUGACACAGUUCAAAGGCUGUCGGAGAGGAACUGCAUUGAGAUAAUUACACAGCUGGUUUCAGAGAAGAAGCUGGAUGUGGUGCACACACUGGAUGGAAAGGAGUACAUUACCCCAGCUCAGAUCAGCAGGGAGAUCAGAGAUGAACUCUACGUCCAUGGAGGGCGAAUCAACAUCGUGGACCUGCAGCAGAUUAUUAAUGUGGACUGGGUUCAUGUUGAAAACAGAGCGAGUGACAUAGCAAAGUCUGAUAAGGGUGCUCAGCUUGUGCUGGGACAGCUGAUUGAUGACACCUACCUGAACCGUCUAGCUGAGGAGGUGAAUGACAAACUGCAGGAGGCUGGUCUCAUCAGUAUAGCAGAGCUGUGUAAAAGCUACGACCUGCCGGGAGAUUUCCUGACUGAGGAGCUGUCGAAGCGUCUCGGCAGGCUUAUCCAAGGAGAGAUGGACCAGUACAACAGAGGGGUCAUAUUCACUCCAGCUUUUGUUGCUCGCCACAAAGCCAAAAUACGAGGCCUCUUCAGCGCCAUCACGCGGCCAACACCUGUCAGCAGCAUGAUGGGAGCGUUUGGAUUUCAGGAGCAUCUUCUGUACUCUGUCCUGGAAGAGCUGGUGAACACGGGACGUUUAAAAGGAACGGUGGUGGGAGGGCGGCAGGACAAAGCGGUUUAUAUCCCUGAUAUUUACUCUAAGACACAGAACGCCUGGGUCGACUCUUUCCUCCAACAGAACGGAUACUUAGAGUUCGAUGCGUUGGUCAGACUGGGGAUCCCCGAGCCCUCCAGCUACAUCAAGAAGCGCUACAAGUCCAGCAAGCUGCUGUUCCUCAGAGCAGCCUGCGUGGGUCAGGCUCUGGUGGACCAGGUGGAGGCUUCUGUGGAGGAAGCUGUCAACUCUGACACAUGGACCGACAUACAGCCCAUUCUGCCCAGCUGCCUGUCCAUGGAGGACAUGGGGAUGCUGAUCAACCAGGCCAUGAGGAACACCAACGUGCAGUCGUCGGCCAGGGUGCUGGGAGGUACCGUGGUGGUCAGUGAGAAGUUCAUCAGCAGCUGUCUGUCCCUGUUUGAUGAAGCCAUGCAGCAGAAAGCUCAGAAGGAAGUGAAGAACAAUCCGGUGUUUCUGAUAACCGAGGAGGAUCUGAAGCCUUCAAAUCUGAUGACGGAGAGCUCGGCGCCGUCAAAAAAGGAAAAGAGAGAGGCGGAGCGCAGGAAGAAGGCCUCAGAGGGCAGCGGCAGUGUGAAAUCAGGCGGAGGAGGAAACGCCAGAGAGUUCCGCAUCCGUAAAACCAAGAAGAAGGGAAGGAAAGACGAGGACAGUGAUGAAGAAACCGGACCUUCGCAGCAAAAUCGCAACAAACAGACUGAAACACCCUUCAUGGCCCAGGAGGAGAUCGUAGCUGUUUUAGAGAAAAGAGUGAACGAUUGCCCAGAAGAAAUCCUCUCUGAGCUGGCAGAGCAUUUAGUGAGGCCUCUGACUAAAAGCUACCAGGAGGUGCUGAGGAGCGUCUUCAUGUCCUCCAGCAGCUCUCCAUCAGGGGCCAAUAAGAAGAAGAGCAUGAAGGAUCUGCAGGAGGAGAUCAGCAACCUCUACAACAACAUCCGCCUGUUUGAAAAAGGCACCAAGUUCUUCUCAGAUGAAACCCAGGUCCUGAUCGCCAAGCACACCCUGAAGACCGUGUGCACAGACGUCACCAACAUCCUGGUUAACUUCCUGGCCGCUGACCUGAUGAUGUCGAUGGAGAACCCCGGCUCCAUCACCAACGAGGUCAGGGUGAAGAUUUUGGGCAAGCUAUCAGAGGAGACCAAAGCACCUCUGAUGAAGCUGCACAACUGCCUGAACGGCAAAACUAUCGAAGACUUCCUCACCAACAUAGAGAUCAGUGCAGAGGUGUGCGGCUUCAUGCUGAAGAAGGGAGAUAAGAAGAAGGAGAGACAGGCCCUGUUCCUGCACCGCCAGGCCCUCGUCGAGCAGCUGAAGGAGACGGAGGAUCCUGCCCUGGUCCUCCACCUCACCUGCGUGCUGCUGUUUCAGGCCAGCACCAACUGCAUGCUGCACGCUCCGGGUCGCUGCGUGCCUCAGAUCAUCGGCACGCUCACAGGAAGGAUACCCACGGAGAAGCAGCAGCUGCUGUCUGCCUACCAGAGCCUGGUGGUGAAGCAGCUGGUGAGUCAGAGUCAGGGCAGGAAGCAUGAGGAGGCCGAGGGCGAUGCACAGGAGCAGGACGAGGAGGCACGCAGCGUCCGCACACAGCUCAUGUCUAUGACGCCUCAAAUCAAGGAUCUGGUGCUGUCCCAGAGGAAGACGUCUGUGACCGAGGAAUGAACGCUUAAAAUGAUAAACGAUGGAACUGAUCCGUGAUGAAUCUUUUUAUGGUCUUACAUGUUCAGAUAAAUACUUUAAACACAGCUGGAGCAGCUGUUAAUUCUGUAUUUUAGUCAUUUCUCCAUGUGGACAUAAUUCUAAAUUAUUAUGAGUUAAUUCCUGUGUGGGAUGUUUCCCUGUUAACCCGAUUAACAUGAAAAUCCUCAAUGAGGUUCUGAAUUUUCAUGCGUUCAAUAAAAACUCUCCUCUUCA